UUACAGGAAGCAAAGAACAACACGCGACGCGAAAUCGUCCUUCUUUUGGGUAAAAAGGCAGGAAUAUCCUUGCUGGCGGUGUGAUCCGAUUACGACCAGAAGUCAGGCGGAAGUGCGAUGAGUCACCAGUGUCGUGAUUGAGGUGUUCGCUUCCCCUCGCGACCACCCCGAGAGCGAUGAACGGCGACACCCUGAUAACACCCGAUCCACCAGCUGGAGCUCCAACAGGGCCAGCAGGGACAGCAGCACCGCCACCACCGCUACGAGAAUGGGAACCGCUGGUGGAGCUGGUCAGCAAAAUUCCUCCCACGGUGCAGCGCGGUUUACUGUUCCACGAUGUGUCCCUCACGUGCCUCGAUUCGGUUGAUGAGUUUAUCGCCUUCGGUACCAACGUGGGACUCGUGUUCCUGUACAACCGCAAGACGGGGAGCGUGGAACAUCGGUUACCGGCGGUCAGCGAAACCGGUGGCUCACCGGAGCUGACCUGCGUGCGCAUCAUCUCCACCGUCGAGUAUAUGGUGGCCGCCGGAUGCCGGACGGGCAUGGUUACUAUUUUCCAGAUUCCCAAAACUCCUCCACCGGAUGUGUGCGCCGAGCUGCUGCUGAAAACGAAACCGAUCGAACGGUACACGGUACGGGGUUUGCACCGGGCGGCCAUCAGCGAACUCCUUUGGUCAAAGAACGGUAUGAAGCUGUUCUCGGGCGAUACGGCCGGUGUGGUGGUGCUGACGGAGAUGGGCUACACCACAAAAACGUGCCAAUCGCGCGAAAUCCUGAACGAACGCUACGAAAUCGUACAGAUGGAUCUGCGACAAGGACGCUGGCUGCUGGUAUCGAGUCUCUUCCGCACGGUUAUCUGCAGUCCCGAGGCAGCGGGCGAUGAGCGUCGCUGGCGGGUGGCGCAGGUGGGCAAGAAGGACCGUAAAACGUUGGCACCGUUCGGUGCGAUCUUUGCCCAGGUGCAUGGCCAGCAGCAAAUCAUCUCGACCCGCUCCGGGUUCCGCCUUUGGUUGGCCGAUUACGAGGGUAACGUAGCCCAGACGCUCAUCUUCAAGGAGCUCAUGCGUGGUCCGCAGCAGCAUGCCGAGAUUCCGCUGCUCAAUCCGAGCCGCAAUCCGGUGCGCAUUCCAACGGCCUUUGGAAAACUGUACCCCUUCGAGGCAAACCAGAUCGUCACGGUUGCCAAUGGGGCACUGUUUCUGUUGGAUCUCGAACGGAUGGUCAUCGUGGGCCAGUUGACACGCUUACGCCACAUUCUCGAUGUGGCCGUUGAUCGGAACGAAAUUCUAAUCCUCGAAAGCCCUCGCUCUCUGGUGCGCAUUGCGACGCACCCCGAUAGCUACAGUCGGACGACGGUAGUGUUUAAGCAUAUGGAGCUGUUUGUCAGCCAGGACUCGCAGGUGGUAGUGGCGGACGAAUGUCACGAGGAGCCAACGCAAUGCCUUACCAUCACGGGACCGGAUGAUGCUGGCAAGGACGGGACGGACAAUGAUGGUGCGCCACCUGUGGAGAUAGGCUCAGCCGCCGCUUCCGGCGAGGAGCCCGGUGAAGCACGGCUUAUCAACGUCCAUAUGAAGAAGCUCGAACUGUUUGAUGCGCUUAAUGAGCUUAAGUACGAUGAUUCCAUACUCUACAAGAGUGGUCGCCGCAGCCGGAAGCAUCGUGCGAAUCGCGUAAACGCCAUCGUCGAGAUCGGCCAAAUACCGAAGGAGUUUGAAACGGACGAGGCGGCGACCAGUGGAUUAACGACCGGCCUCCGAUUCCGACGGUUCGAUUCCAUUUUCCUGAGCUACUCCAGUAGUUCCAGCAGAAUGCUGACCCAAGAAGAUGUUACUUUCAUCGAGAACGAACUCUCCUUCGAAGAUAAGAUUUCGUUGAUCUUCCUGCUGUACGGUCAGCGAAAUCCGAAUUAUGCUCUGCAGAUCUGGACUGUGGCCGCCACGGCACCCAACGCGACGACCAGCAGUUUCCUGGUUGAGUGGAUGGACAUCGCCCAGCGCAAGGAUCCGCAAGGAUGGGAGAUGGAGUUGCUCGAGGCGUUAACCAUACUUGAACAGAACACUUUACUGCUGCGGGUCGGCAGCAAUGACGAGGCGCUUCGUCUGCUCUUCUAUCCCCGCACAACGGAACUGGCCGUGAAAGUGCACCCGCUGCUGAAAGGCCUGUACCACUUUUGUGAACGGUUGGAUGAUGGGAAUGCACGGAAGUUGGCCAAACAACUCGGCCAACCGUACGGAGCGACCUCGGAUGUUGUAGAGAACUGUUUCGAGGUGGUGCUACUGCGUUUACUUUCCUCGGAAGCCGUUCGUUUGGGUUCCAAGGCCGAAUCCGAGGAGUGUGACCUGCUCACACUGUCGGCCGCUUGUAAAGCGGUCGAGCUGUACGAUGAGAGUUACUUCUUGAAAGGUAUCACCGAUCACUUCAACAGCACACUACCGAAACAGCAGCAGCAGCAGCAGCUCCAGGAACAAUCGGAUGCCAGUUCCAAAAGUGAAACAGCGCAGCAGCGCAGCCUUCGUUCCGCGGUGGCAACAACCGAACCGUCGUCAGCACCCCGUCGUACCGCUAAAUUCACUCUAGAGCGCUAUCACUUCGUUCCGGAGCGCGCAGGAGUGUUCCUGCUGGUUAAUCAGUUCAGUUUCUAUCGCGAAACCAACCCAGAGCUGAGUGAACUGCUGCCAGCGAAACCACUGAAACCCCGUAAAGGAACUGCCGUGGACAAGAAUGCACUGGAGGAGCUCUUUACGCGGUUCGGGUACGAGAUGAUUGUCGAGGAAAACAUAACCCAUCUUCAGAUCUUGCAAUCCGUAUCUCGAGCGGUACAAAAGAUCGAACCGACGCACUGUUCACUGGUCGUAUGUUUGCUUUCCCACGGCCAGGAAGGGAAGGUGUACGGAACCAACAGCAUACCGGUGGAGGUAAAAGCCAUUCAGAGUUUGAUGGCAAAUGAGCGCGUGACGGGCAAACCGAAGCUCCUGAUCGUACAGGCCUGCCAAGGGUCCGAGUUGCAGUCAGCCGUACCGAUACCGAGAUACGAGACCGAUGGAGCGAUGGUAUCCACGGAACGGACAGCGUCGGUUUAUAUGGACUUUCUUGUCGCUUGGUCCACCGUUCCAGGGUUCGCUUCGGUACGGCACGUCGACAAAGGUUCUUGGUUCAUACAGGAGCUUUGCGCAAAGUUGCAGCUCCUAUACCAGAGUGAACACUUUGCCGAUAUACUAACGGCUGUGAUAGACGAUGUUUCCAGCAAGCGGGGCUACGGUAACGAGUGUAUGGUACCGAUCGUGCAGAGCACAUUGAGCAAAAAGCUUUAUUUUACCAGCCAGCCUUCACCGUCAUGUUAAACAUGCAACAUGUUAGUUAGUGAUUAGUUAGGGUAACAUAAACAAUGAAUAGGAAAUGAGAGAAUUCGGCAAUAACGAUUUAGGUUUCAAAACGUGAUAAACACGCUGUAAAAACAGCACCGAUGACCGCAAGGGACCGUCUCUGUUCGUUGAGUUGUGUUUUAUGUGUAACAAUAAACCUUUUCAUACA